CAAGCCACUCCUACACCUCGGCAUAAAUAAAUACUGUGCAAGUUUCAUUUCAGAUAAGAGGCUUCACAGGAGAUCGCACCAUUUCGCCACAGUAUUGAGAACAUAUUUUGAACAAUCAUGAAUGUUCUUCUUGUUGCUGCAGUGGUUGCCCUGAUCCAUGGCAGCUAUGCCACUUUGCUCAUUAAAGGGCCGACCCAGCCGGUCCUGGAGGGAGAGAGCGUCACCCUGGAGUGUCUCUACUCUGACUCUGAAGCCAACAUCAGCCAAGUCCACUUUGAGAAAUUUGCUGAGUACAUGCAGAAGUGGCUUCCAGUUCGUGAGCGCUUUUGGUGCUACAAUCCGAAGCCAGUCGUGCAGUCUGACCGCCUCACCCUGACCCUCCCCCACCCAGGGAGGUUCAAUGAAGGCUCCUACCGCUGUGUGUCCAACACCGAAAAUGUGACUGAGCAGGAGCGAUCCUCCGAGACGCUGACCUUCAAAGUGUAUUAUAUGGGAGAGCUGUUACUGACAAGGGCCGGGUUCACCAGCUAUCUGGGGGUCUCUACGGAGCUGAAGGUGCGACUCGGGGACGAAGUGGUGUUGAAGUGCUCAGCCGGAUCAUCAGAGGAACCCACCUACUACUGGAGUAAAGACGGUGACGACUGGAUCCUGCCAUCCUCCACGCUGACGCUGAGGAAGAUGACAGCGGCCGAUGAAGGGCAGUACACCUGCGUAGCCGAGCAUCCCUCUGUGGAGACACUCAGCAAGAAACGCACCAUCAGCAUCGCCGUGCUUCCUGAGGAUGCCCGCUGGUAUGAGUCUAGUGAUGGGCAGCUCAUCUUGAUGAUCUCUGCAGCGGCUGCCGCUCUCUUGGUGUUCCUGCUCUCCAUGAGCGUGUUCCUGUGCCGCAGGGCCAAGCAGGCCAAGACCAGCAAGGGACCAAUUGAUGACCGGUCUCAGAAGAAACCCAUCUACAAAACUAGUGUGGAGUCCCUGACCUCCACCUGUGCAGACAAACAACCUCUGGUUUGACUGCACAGGCAGGUGGAAGGAUGAGGAGGGAGGAGGAAGAUGGAGUGAGUUGCCGGAGAAUGAGGGAUGGGAUUGAGGGAAUAUUUUAAGAGCGAGGAAAUAGUGUAGGACUCUGGAUGGUCACAUUGGGGGAGGAGAGAAGUGAAGCAAAGAGGGAUAUUCAAAAUCUGUAGGGAAGGGAGAGCGAAGCUGGGUGUGAAAAAAGGGAAAUUAUUGCUUUAGAAGCUGCUUUGCUUGUGUGUGUAGGCAGCAGUUAUGCAUCUUGAACUGAAUGGUGGGCAAUUUUCCUUUCAUUUAUUCUGUAGCAUGGAAAAUGGUGAGCUACAUUCUCAGUAAAACGAUAGGAGAUUAAUCUUGUGUACUAAGCAAUGGUUUAGACUCCACAUGCAAUUCUCCACUUUUCUUUUCUAAACAUAAUUGCUCAGCUGUGAAUGAGUAAUUUGGGUGAUGGGAGAAGGUUGUUUUUGUUGUUGAUUUGUUUCCUUUUCAACCUGUUUUUCCAAAGCAGAACCAGCUCAAAGCAUCUGUGAGAACGUUAUUCUAAUCCAUUUUCCGUGACAGCCCUCAAGCACACCGCACUCUACUAUUUAAUGUACUGCACUUUGGAUUUCUUUGAUAUUAAAUGGCUUUCAGAAAAUAUUA